CUUGAGAUAAUUGUUUUGUAAAAGUGUCUCUUGUUUUAAAAUGUUAACUGUUGAUUAUGUUCAGUUUCCCUUAACAUAUAAGAGAUAUAAAAACUACUAAAGGAGACGCGUACUGGCAACGUAAUCCUCAUUGUUACGUUUGUAAAGGCAGUCUUAACACUGAUGAUAUUUAUUAUGAUUAAAAAAAUUUCGUCUUUCUAUAUAUUAUAACCAAAUAAUUGUUCGUUAACAUGUCUUCUGUCUAUGGCUUCGACGUUUGCUUUUUUUUUCUCGUGCUAUGAUUUUAAUUCAAUUCUUUGUUGCUCUUUCAGUCAUUAUUAAAAUAACUGUCUUUCUUCUUUAGUUAUACUUUCUAGCUGCUUCGGUAGUAGUCAUAAAAUCCUAAAAAGUGCAUCACGGGUCAUUUACUUUCUUAAAAGAGAAUGUUGGCCUCUUUUUUUCUCUUUUUUUUCUUGUUGUUUUAAUCGAUUAAAAUGUUAAGCAAACAUAUUUCAAGAGAAAAACAACUUUUUUGUUAGUUAGCUUUAUACAAAAAAUAUAUUUGUUUACACGAUAAUUUAAAUUUAUUCAUUAGGGAGAAGUAUCAUUAACAGAUCGGUUUCCCGUUACUAACUUAUUUUCGACUAUCAAUUGGUGACUAAAUUGAAAAAAUUUACACAAUUCUUUUUGUGUUCUUACGUAUUAAAGAUAGUACAAGAAUUUUUUGCUUUACAAAAUUCUUUUAACAUUUUUUUUUUAUGACUAAGCAAAAUUUUUUCAUUUUUUGAUUAAGGUAAUUACAUAAAAACUAGAUACGUGGAAAACUUCUCUUUUUUUGUUAACGCUUUAGUACUAAUUUUUACUGUUUCACUUGGAAUAAAAAAACAAUUUUAACAUUUUUUUUCGGCGUAUCAAUAUUUAAUAUUUAAGGAAACUUAGAGUCAUUUACAUGAAUGCGGCGUGAUUUGUAUAUAUGAAACAUAUAAAACAGAUGAUAAAGAAAACUCCGUAAUCAAUUAAGGUCGAAAUUUUUUUUUCGUAACAAGUUACGAUUGUCGGAAGGAAUUACACUUGUGAGGCAAUUUUAAAAAACCCGCACCAUUUUUUUUUAAUAUUUUUUUUAAUUUUUUGAUUUAAAUGUAUGCUUGCCGUUUUUAAAAUGCGUGAAAAUUAAAAAGUUUAUUGGGGAUGAUUAAAGAAAAUAAUGUGAAUUGGUCACAACGUAACUACAAAGUGACUUUAACACAACAUAUAUAUAUCCAUGAACGAAAGUUUCGUGAGACAAGCAGAAAACUACCUUUAAAUCCUCAAUUAUCUGUCGCUAUUGAAUUAAAAAAUUUUAAAAAUGAAGAAAAACCUAACAAUUUUUUUAAACUAUCGAAUGUACAAUCGGUGCCUCCUUGGACGCAGAAAAAAAUUGAAACUGUAGCAGCAACAAAAGAGGGAAUACAGUCUAUGGUGGGACAUUAUGAUACACGAUCGACACUAAUGGAUUCACCGCAUUUGAAAUGUAUCGAUUCCAUUGAGACAUUCCCUGUAGACAAACGGUAUUCAUCUCAAUCGAAUUUUUUUACAUUAACAGAAAAUGACAUAUUAACAUUUGAAGAAAGGAACUCUUGCAAACUUAAUGUUUUAUCAAAUGAAACCCAAAGUACUACAGAAGAGACUGGAUGCUUUCAUGCUGUCAAUUGUCGGUUAGUUCCUCAAUCUGAAUGCGAACUCAAUCAAGAGAAGGGUCAUGAAGUUUGUUACUUACCCAGUAAGACUUCUUCUUCUGAAGAAUCUGAACCUCCUGAGCAAGGACUUGAUAAUUUCUUUUCAAGAAUAUCGUGGCUUGUAUCCCUUCUUAUUUUACAAAGCUUUAUUUCCUUAAUACUAGAAAGAUUCAAAGAUUUAGUUCAACAUCACCCUAUUAUUCUUUAUUAUUUGACCAUGCUGGUUGGAGCUGGUGGCAAUGCAGGCACGCAAUCGACAGCUCUAUUAAUUCGUUCCUUAGCUGUCGGAUCGUGUAAAAAAAAAGACUAUAUGACAGUUAUUCUUGAUCAAUGUCGUAUAGGGCUGUACUUAUCUUUUAUUUUAGCCAUUAUAACAUUUUUCCGCUUAUAUAUUUUUGAGCACAACAUACCGGAAAUUAUUGCCGUAUCCACUUCAAUGUUCGUUAUCACCCUUUCCAGUGUUUUGAUUGGAACGUUAUGCCCUAUUCUUUUUAAACAAUGUAAAAUUGAUCCCGCCCAUGCAGGUGCCACGUCACAAGUUCUUAUGGAUCUUGUUAGCGUGUGUUUAAUAUGUCUUACAGCCAUUCUUAUGUUAGACAUUGUACUUCCUUUUUUUUUCUAGUUCACGUAUACUUGAUUCAUUCUAACAACAACGAUGUAUAUAUU